AUGUCCGAUUUGACUAUUAUUUAUAAAAAUAAAUAUUCAAUAAACUCUUCAUUAUCAUCAUCAUCAUUAUCAUAUGAAUCUUUAAAACAAAUGUUUUUAGAAAAAAUGGCAUCAUUGCAUCAAGCUGCAUUAGCUGGCUCCGUUGAAAUAUUAAAAUUACUACUUGAUCAUGGAGCGUCAGCAAAUUUGAAAGAUCAAAAAGGUGAGUUAGUCUAUAUUAGUAAAAAGAAAUCGAAUGAAAAUGAUGUUGUCAUAUUUCGAUGA